UUUCGAUGUGGGCGUUUACGUUUUAUUCACGUGUUGACUUGAUUGUUAAAAUAACUUGAUAUUUGUUACAAGUUGCUCAUUUAUGAAUCCGCAGUAAUUGUCACACUUGUAAAUAUUAUUUCACAGUUGUAAGCAGGUAAUACAGACUUGUAACAACAAUUUAUUUCCGUCCAUAUGAAGUGAGUAGGCAAUCUAUUUUACAAGAUUAAAAAAAUAAGUUGACAGUCACUCAUUUUAAAAUCUAGAGAAAGGCGUUAUGUCUCCAUCUAGUGGUCGGGGAGAAGUCAACACGUUUACAUCAUGCAAACCUCUCUCUUUACAUCCAAGGCGCAGGCGGGAGUAACACAUUUUGAGCAUCUGCCUUCUGCAAAAAGCAAAACAAAAAAAAACUGACGGGUGUUCUAGUUGCAGCAUCCACGUGACGUCAUCAGCAGGCGCCUGUAUUUACUGGUCCAGUUAGCGCAGGCCGCCGCAAUGGAGGUAAACAGGGACGAAGCAGAGCGCUGCAUUGAUAUUGCAACUGCGGCGUUAACGGACGACCAGCCGGAGAAGGCGCAGAGGUUUCUGGAGAAGGCGCAGAGACUCUUCCCGACGGAGAAAGCGAAGGUACUCCUGGAGCUAAUAGCAAAGAAUGGAUUUACACCUAGACAGGGCACCCACUCAGACUUCAGUGGGGCAUCAGGAUCUCGACAUCGGCAGGGCAACAGCGAGGAUGCCAGACCUGACGAAAAGUCUCCAGACACCUCAAAAUCCUACACGGCAGACCAGCUGGAUGCGGUGAGGAGAAUAAAACGAUGUAAAGACUUCUAUGAAAUACUCGGGGUCCAGGCAAACGCCUCCGAGGAUGAACUGAAAAGAUCCUACAGAAAACUCGCUUUGAAGUUCCAUCCAGACAAGAACCACGCUCCUGGUGCCACAGAGGCGUUUAAAGCUAUUGGGAAUGCGUAUGCUCUUCUGAGUAAUGCUAACAAGAGACAACAGUAUGAUCAAUGUGGCGAUGAGAAGCAGCACCCUUCAAGAAACAGCCCAGACAAUGGAAACUUUGAGCCAGAUAUUUCACCCGAAGACCUCUUUAACAUGUUCUUUGGAGGAGGUUACCCAGCAAGUAGUGCUAAUGUGUACACUAAUGGGCGGAUGCGUUUCCAAAGGCCAGAGAGAAGAGAGCGGCAGCGGGAAGGAGGCUUUGCUCUCUUUGUGCAGGUCAUGCCCAUCCUCAUCCUGGUUAUUGUGUCGGCCCUCAGUCAGAUCAUGGUCAACAGCCCUCCGUACAGCCUCAGCUACAGGCCGUCAGCAGGUUACACACAGAAGAGGCUGACUGAGAACCUGAAGUUGCCAUAUUAUGUGGGGGAGCAGUUCUUCAGAGAGUUCACUGGACUGAAUUUAAAGAACUUGGAGCGGACGGUGGAGGAUGACUAUGUUUCCAACCUUCGCAACAAUUGCUGGAAGGAGAAACAACAGAAGGAGGGCAUGCUUUACAGAGCGCGCUAUUUCGGAGACAACGAUCUGUACCAAAGAGCACAGAGGGCUCGCACACCAAGCUGUGCCAAACUGUCCGAGAUCACAGCUUGAAUACACAGUUAAUGCUGCUUCCAUAAGUCUCCAGAACAAACACAAACAGUCAUUGGCUGAAAAAGAUGAUUGGCUGUAAAUGAAUGAUUUAACAAUCUGGAGACUGAAGAUGACUCAACAAGCAACACAGACCAACCAGCACCAAAUGAACCAAAUUGAAGACAAACUGGUUGAAGCCAUUUCCUUGGAUUUCUAGUAUGUGAUUAAAUGAAAUAUAAUGUUUUAAAAUAGAUGGAAAACACUUUGGGUUUGGGAAGAAAAAACUCACUAUAUGGUUGCGCAAGAAUGCAGUUUGAAAGAGGAACAUAGUGAGGUUAGAUAUAGUCAUACAGAUGUUAUUUAUGUAGCAGUUUAUUAGAUACCACACUGAGCGCUUCCUCUUUUAUUUUGCACUGUUAAAUCAGCAAAAGUGAGGCGAUGGAGGAGGGUUCGCUGAUAUGACUUCAAAUGAACAUUUUAAAACUAUGCAGGUGCAAUGAAGUUGGAAAUGAUGUACAUAACCUUUUUAAUGUGAAACCACCUGUGAUGAAUACACACUUGUGUUUAGGGUUUUCAACACCUGAGAUUUGUCCUUUUCUUCUAUGUGUACGAGUGAAAUAACACAUUAAGAAAUGUCCCUUUACACUUUGCCUCUUUUAAUUGUGUUAAGGAUAGAAUAAUAUGCCGUGACUUGAUGACACUUCCCAAUAAAAGCCAAGGGAGAGAGAGAGAGAAAGAGAAAGAUGUGCCUACCCACAAAGUGGGACUCUUAACAGGUUCCAGUUUUGAAACUCAUCAUCUGUUGGAAAAAGCAAUUUCUGCCGCACCUUUUAUGUUCAUCGUAUGCUAUCUAUGUUUUAUAUUAUUUAUUUAGAAAACGAUUACUGUUCUUGUUCACCUUUUCCACCAUGUUUUUAAUUCCCGGACUAAAAUAAAUAUGGAUGCU